AUGCCGACACCAGAGUCCGAACUCUUCCUGGCCAAAAAGCCCAAGGUUGCGCCAACCUUUGAUGGGGUCGAUUACGAGGACAACACUGCGCUCAAGGGCGCACAAGACGCUAUCAUCAGGGAGCAGUGGGUCAGGAGCAUGAUGGCGAGGCUGGUCAGAGAGGAAAUGGGCAAGUGCUACCGGAGGGAGGGGGUCAACCAUCUGGAGAAGUGUGGACAUCUACGAGAGCGUUACUUUGAGCUCCUCAAGGACGCAAAGGUCAAGGGUUACCUCUUUGCGCAACAAAACUACGUCGACGAUGCGCUCAAGCGAUAA